AUGCAGCUUUGCCCUGCUCGAUCAAAAAUCCUGCACAUUUACGAUGGAUUGUUUCGCCUGUCCGCUAAUGGCCCAUCUCUUAUCUACUCCAGCGAAGAUUACUCCAAAGAUGAGACCAUGGAUACUCGAAGAGGUGAGACAAUUCUCAAGCAAACCUCCCAGUGUCGCACAACCUUCGGACGCAGGGAAGGUAUCUCGGACACGAUGAAACCCCCUACUCGGAGAGAGAUUGAUGAACAAACCGAGUAA